AUGCUGUUGUUGCUGCUGGUUGUGUGGCGGGUGUGCAAUGCAGUUGUGACGCACGGGUACUUCCAGGCGGACGAGUUUUGGCAGGCGUUGGAACCAGCGCAUUUCAAGGCGUUUGGGUACGGUGCGCUGACGUGGGAAUGGCGCGUCGGGCUGCGGAGCUAUGCGUUCCCGGCAGUCUUUGAGGUUGUGUACAGGGUGGUCAAGUGCAUUGCGCCGUUAUUUUGCCCCAGCCGUGCCCUGUGGUGCGAGUACAUGGGGGUUUUGUAUGCGCCGAAAGUUAUAAUGGCGGUUAUUGCCGUUCUGGGCGACUACUACACGGUGAAGACGGUUGAAGUUGUGUACAGACACGUUGGAGAGAAGAGAUCUGGAGAUGAGCGGAUUGUGCGCGUUGUAGCAGGGGUGCUGACAGCCUCCAAUUUCUUCAAUUGCUUCUUCAGCACGAGGAGUUUCGUCAAUUCAUUCGAGAUGACCCUCACCGCGGUCUCGCUGUACCUUUGGGACUGGUCUGCAAUCGACGUUCUCUCCAGACGCCAAUCACUGGCUAUGUGUAUUGCAAUGUUUGCCUGUCUGCAACGACCCAGUAACGCUCUCAUAUGGGUUGUCCUGGGAACCGUUCAGGUAGCGAACUUGCUCAGGAGGAGGCAAUUCCACCAAGUGAGCAUGUUGUCCUGGAGAGUCAUGCAAUGCUUUGCGGUUGCAUUGGCGGUGAACUGUGCGAUAGAUUACCAUUUCUACGGUGAACUGACAUUCCCGAUCUUCAAGUUCAUCGCAUUCAAUCUCACGACACCACUAUCCAGGUUUUACGGGGUAGCGCCGUGGCAUUUCCACAUCUGCCAAAGUGUGCCCAUACUGCUCGGUUACAGCAUUCCUCUUUUCGUCUUUGAGAUGACUCGCCCGCGAUCCAGCUACAGGGCGGAACAGCAGACUUUGAUCUCCGCCAUGACCGCGAUCAAGCUCGUCAUCGGUUUCAAUCUUUUGAUGUAUUCGCUGCUGGACCACAAGGAGUUUAGAUUUAUCUACCCGCUACAACCACUGUUCACGCUCUUGUCGACGUUUGGGUUCAUACGGUUGCGCAAGUACAUCCCGCGAGUGCUUAUCUACAUACUCCCGGUUCUAUCCAUUGCUGCAUCGUUCACGAUCGACCAUUAUCAUGAAUCCGGCUCGCUAAGAGUCAUGGAGUUUCUGCACGACGAACCGGAGAUUGACAGCCUCGGGUUCGUAAUGCCCUGUCACUCCACACCGUGGCAGUCAUUCCUACACAGGAAGAGUAUUGACGACGGUGCAUGGGCGAUUACAUGCGAGCCGCCCUUGCAUUUACUGCAUGACACCGACGCACUAACGAAACUAGAUGACUACAUGGAUGAGAGCGACCGGUUGUACAACAACGUGGCAGAGUUUAUGAGGACUGAAUUCCCAGCGGUCGCUGAUGUCAAUGUCGGUGCACAGGGGCACACACACAGAUGGCCUCAGUACCUUGUCGUCUUUGAACACCUGGAUGACAGUUUCAUGAGAAAGUACCUGGCAGGGUCCAGGUACGUCGAGCACAAGAGAUUCUUUAAUUCACUCAGUCACUGGGACUCGCGCAGAGCGGGCGACAUCAUCGUGUAUAAAUUUACGUAG